GUUGUUCAAUAUUUCAGUUCAGUUUAUUGUACUCGCGGCCUGAGGUCCAUAUACCAUAUGGCGUUCAAGGUGUGUUUAUCACAACGCUAAAAUGUUUUCGGUUUUGGAGCGUUUCGCCCGAAAGCGCAGUGGGAGGACCUGACCCCGGGCGCCCACACGGCCCACACGACAAUCACAGAGUCCGACGAGGAAGUGACUUUUUGGUGAUUCAAGACCAGAUAAAGGAUUGUGAUGUCACGUGUUACGGUAGAGGACGCCGGUGGCGACACUCUCUUUCAAAUAGAGCACAACGGUAACCUGUACCCAAACUUCCCCAACAUCAACUCCAUCACCAACAUCCACAACCUUCCCAUCAGAGACGAUGACAUCUUCAUCUGUGCUUACCCGAAAUCAGGCACACACUGGGUCUGGGAGGUGACUCGACUUCUUGUAACUGGACAAACAGUUCAGGACAAUGUUGAGAAGGGAGCAGGCAUGAUUGAGUACAUGCCACAGGAGGAUGUGACGUCACUUCCGUCUCCCAGAAUUCUCAACAGCCAUUUCAAGCUGAAGCUGCUUCCGCAGGACAUUCUCAAGAAAAGAUGUAAAAUCUUGUAUGUGAUGCGGAAUCCUAAGGACAUCGUGGUCUCCUAUUAUAAUUUUAUGCGAGGUCUGCCCCACUACAAGUACACCGGCAAAUGGGAGAACUACAUGCAGUAUUUUAUUCUUGGUAAAUUUUCCUACGGAUCCUGGUUCGACUACGUCCUCGAGUUCGAGGACAUGAAGAGGUCUCAUCCCGAUCUGCCGGUACUCACCCUCCAUUACGAGGACUUGAAGGAGGACCCUCUACGUGAGAUUAAGAGAGUGAACGAAUUCCUGGAAACAGGUCGUAGUGCAGAGUUCCUACUGGAGGCGAUUGAGGUCGCCAGCUUCGGCAACAUGAAACAAAAGAAAUCCAAUCAAGUGACCUACAGGAAAGGUGUGGUUGGCGACUGGAAGAACUGGUUCACUGUGGCUCAGAAUGAAUGGUUUGAUCAGCUGUACCAGGAGAAGAUGGCCGAUUCUGACAUCAAAGUUAGAUUUACGUUACCGUAGCUCCAGCAGAACUUUACAUGGUACCUUUAUGUCCUCCAUGUUACAAUUAUUCUCAGGUACACAGAUCUUACAGCAUGGUGGAGGUACAAGCAAGCUUGUCCCCUACCAGAACCUGAUCAUAAUCAACCUUGCCACUCUUCUGUCGAUACAAAACGUCAACCUGAUUGCAUUGAUCAUUUCCCUGGAGACACGAGGAUGUACACAAGUUAAACCUUGUCUGGACAUGCGUGAUGUCGUGAAAAAGUGACAUUUUGUCAGAUUGUAAUAUAUGUGUUGUUUUAA